AUGAUAGCUUGGAGCAUUUGCGAUGCCAACACCGGCUAUGUCCAGAACUGGAACAUUUCCACGGGGCAGGAAGUCCUGGAGAAUGAUCGUGGGGCCAUGCACCAGGUAGUGAUGGAUGUCUUUGCUGGAUACCUGAACAUUGGACACCAUAUAUAUAUAUAUAUGGACAAUCUGUUUUCUUCACUGAGUCUUUUUGAAGAGCUGGCUAGCAAGGACACCGGUGCAUGUGGGACACUGAGGGCCAACCGGAGAGGUGUCCCCAAUGAUAUCAAAUCACACAAGCCCAAGAAGGACGAUCCACCUUUAGUGGUAAAGGAAGGGGACAUCACAUACAUUUCAUGGGCAGACAAGCGAGCAGUAAAACUUAUCACGUCUGUGCACAAUGGAGACACGUUCAUCAAAGAAGUCAGAGCAAAGAAUGAUCCUGCAAGUGCUGGAAGAAUAUCUUCAUUGCCCUUCUCGAACUUUUUUCUGCAAUGCUGUCAUUGUACUUCCCUCAACGCAAUGAAGCCAGCUCACCUACGAAAGAGGAUCGAAGUGAACAAAGUUCGGCUAUCCAUCAUCACUGGCCUUCUCGCAGGGUAUGAGAAGCCGCGUGCUGUCCAUGUGGGACCAAGACUAGAGGCUGAUCAACCACUCGGAAGACUGACGGAGAAGCACUUCCCUGCAAACAACCCCAAGAGGAAUGGAGAUGGGAAGCCAUGUUUCCGAGACUGUGAGGUGUGCUCCAACAGGGAGGGAAAACGUCACCAAACAUCAACUGUUUGCAGAGACUGUGGGAACAUCCCCCUGUGUGACAAGCCAUGCUUCAGACUGUACCACACCAGAAGGAAGUACAAGACGGCCUGUACUCCUGCGUUUCAUCUUGAGAUUGACAAUGUAAUGGAUGCGGAGCAAUAG